AGGACUCUGGGUGCCGGCGUCCCCGCAGGCUCCGCACCCUCCGCGCCGCCUCCGCCUCCCUCCCGCCUCCCUCCCGCCUCCCUCCCGCCUCCCUCCCGCCUCCCUCCCGCCUCCCUCCCGCCUCCCUCCCGCCUCCCUCCCGCCUCCCGCGCUCGGUCCAGAAAGGGCCCCGCGGAUGUCCUCGGGACGAGCGGCCCCGGGCCCACAGGGAACAUGGGCGUGCUUCGGCCCGGACUGUGCCCGGGUCUCACCCAGGACAUGGUCCAGCUUCUGCGGAGCCGCGGGAUCAAGACAGUGGUGGACCUGGUUUCAGCAGACCUAGAGGAAGUAGCCCAGAAAUGUGGCUUGUCUUAUAAGGCCCUGGUCGCUCUGAGGCGGGUGCUGCUGGCUCAGUUCUCGGCUUUCCCCUUCAAUGGCGCUGAUCUCUACGAGGAGCUGAAGACCUCCACUGCCAUCCUGUCCACCGGCAUUGCAAGCCUGGACAAACUGCUGGAUGCUGGUCUCUAUACUGGAGAAGUGACUGAAAUCGUAGGAGGCCCAGGUAGCGGCAAAACCCAGGUAUGUCUUUGUGUGGCUGCAAACGUGGCCCAUGGCCUGCAACAGAACGUCCUGUACAUCGAUUCCAAUGGAGGGCUCACAGCUUCCCGCAUCCUCCAGCUACUUCAGGCCAGAACCCCAGAUGAGGGGGAGCAGGUAGAGAGCAGGAGGGCUGGGUUCCUUGGAGGUUCUGACACCGCGGGAGCUCUCCAGAGGAUCCAGGUGGUGCGUGCGUUUGACAUCUUCCAGAUGUUGGAUGUGCUGCAGGACCUGCGAGGCGCUGUGUCCCAGCAGGUGAGCAGUUCUUCAGGGACUCUGAAGGUGGUGGUUGUGGAUUCGGUCACUGCGGUGGUCGCCCCACUUCUGGGAGGUCAGCAGAGGGAAGGCUUGGCCUUGAUGAUGCAGCUGGCCCGAGAGCUGAAGACUCUGGCCCGGGACCUCAGCGUGGCACUGGUGGUGACCAAUCACAUGACCCGAGACAGGGACAGCGGGCAGCUCAAACCUGCCCUGGGACGCUCCUGGAGCUUUGUGCCCAGCACCCGGCUUCUCCUGGACACCAGCCAAGGUGCAGGAGCAUCAGGCAGCUGGCGCGUGGCGUGUCUGACCAAAUCUCCCCGUCUGCCAACAGGUUUCCAGGAGAUGGUGGACAUUGGGACCUGGGGGACUCCAGUGCAGAGCCCAACAUUACAGGGAGACCACAUGUGACUUGCUGUUGACUGGGACAAACCCUCCUGCACAGUAAUGCCUGCCGUUCACUGCCGGCCGCCCUUGGGGCUGCAGAGAAGCUCUCGGGCUGGGCAGACAUCUUAGUCCUUAGCUCCUCUUUCUGGAAACACAGUGUUACUGGCUAGAGAGGAUGCUACUGUGGAAGGACCCAGAAAUUCAUGCUGGUACCAGGUUUUCCUCCCUUGUGUCUACCACGUAUGUUUCCAGCAGGCGCCGAGUUCAGUGUCUUGGGCAUCUCUGAAGAGGCAUGCUGGUGACUGAACAGAUAACCCUGUGCAUCACCGUCCUGCACUCCAUCCUAACACAGUGACUGAGUCUGAGGCCUCUAGCUUGCCUUUGUUUCCCUUCUUCUUCUUUUUUUUUUUUUUUGCCUCUGUUUUUCCAUCUGUAAGAUGGGGCUCCCUUUCUCUUAACUCUCUCUUUGAGUUACCGGGUGGAAGUAACCUUGUAAGUGCAAAACUCUUCUUUAUCUAGGUCCUGAUCUUAAAAACAUACAAAGGAAAUUCUCUGAGCCCCAGAGCCAUCCAUUUUCCCCCCAGAAGGUGGUUUUUCAGUUUCCCCUAGUGAGGCCCCAAAGAAUGGUUAUUCCUCUUUCCCUCUUGCCCAUUUGGUUUCACAAACCUGCAUGCAUCACCAUGACCAGGUGAGAUCGGGAGCUCACUGCAGUCCCAGGAAUAUAAUUUAACAGGAAGGGAAGAUGUGACCUGGUCCCCGUGAAUCCAGCCACUUGUUUAACGUGCGUGGUGCCCUGUGGGGCCCCUCCACAGUGUCGAGUAACCAGAGGUGCUGAACCAUGGCCUUGCCCAUAAACAGACAGAGGAGAAUUUGCACAGUAAAUAGAGCCAGCUGGGAAGAUUGAUGCUGGCGUAAAUAAUACAUGGCAAAUCUAGUUCUUUAUGUAGAAAUUCAUUGCCGAUGGCUCCAACAUGCAAUAUAAUUACCCCUCUCUUCCUGCCAGCUGUACCACAGCCUGGUGCCCUAGUGUAUGAAAUAACCCCCCUGUCUGUUACGGGCACUGUGGCCAUCCCUCUGCAAGCUAUAACCCUGGCUGGGCGGAGAGGAGGACACCAGGGAAGGGGAAAUAAAAGACAAAGGAGAGGGGCUUCCCUGGUGGCGCAGUGGUUGAGAGUCUGCCUGCCAAUGCAGGGGACAUGGGUUCGAGCCCUGGUCUGGGAGGAUCCCACAUGCCGUGGAGCAGCUGGGCCCGUGAGCCACAAUUACUGAGCCUGCGCGUCUGGAGCCUGUGCUCCGCAACAAGAGAGGCCGCGACAGUGAGAGGCCCACGCACCGCAAUGAAGAGUGGCCCCCGCUUGCCACAACUAGAGAAAGCCCUCGCGCAGAAACGAAGACCCAACACAGCCAUAAAAAUUAAUUAAUUAAUUUAAAAAAAAAAAAAAAAGACAAAGGAGAGAAAUGAUCAGGAUUGUUCACUGACCACAAUUUUUAAAGGAAUGUUGCCUUUCUCGGUUUGAGAGCCUGUCAUGUAAUUAAUUAGUUGCUUGGCUGCGGGAAGAGAGGUCAGAGUUCCAGGCCGAAGAUACAACAUUUAGAGGUGAUGAACACAGCAGGGAUAAAAGCAAGAAGCCUGGAGGACUGGGAACAAGUGGCAGACCAGCCCGAGGGUAUCUGCCUGAGUGAGGACAGGCUUGGUAAGCUGCAGACUGGAGGAGGAACCCUGGCGCUGCUGCUUUCACAGGCUCCCAGGAGAAACGAAUCUUCAGCAUCCUUACACCAGGAGCGGUUGGCGCAUAAUUGCAACCGUAGUAGGAAACAAGACGUUAAGCUGGGACUGGCACAUCCCUGUCACUUUUACCAUUUGGGCAUCCUGAGCCCACGCAGACAUCACCAAUCAAUCAAGCAUUCUUUUUGGCAGAGCUUGGAGUCCUUUGCAGUUUUGGUUUUUCUCCACAUGGCACUCCAGGCAGCCACAACCAGUUGGAACUGGCGUUCAAGGUGGAGGCUGGUUACCAUCUCUGCCCCAGGCAGAUCUGCCGUAUUUCCCAUAUAUGGUGUCGGGUGCUUGGUCCUUGACUCAGGACCCUACAAUAGUGUGGUUUGAGAGGCCUGUAAGGAUCAUAGGCCCCAUCUUGUCAUUUAACAGAGAAGGAAACUGAGGCCCAAAGAGGAGAAAUGACAGUCCCAGUGGCAGAACAGGGGCUGGAACCCAGGACUCUCGAUUCCUCAGCCAGGACUCUGUGUCCAUGUUGCCUUUAGUUUCCGAUCGGCACAGUUCUGUCCUCAGUGGGGACUUCUUCCAGCCACACAGCCUCACCGAGGUAGCCUCUCUGGCCACAGGAAGGCACUCCAUUCAUUGCUGCUGCAGACCACCCCGUGACAUUUCUGCAGGACUUUGCCCCUCACAGCUCGCUUCCUCCUUGGCCUUGUUCUCGGACGGGGCCUUCACCUCAUCCUCAUGCUGAGCCCACACACUCCGCUCCAGGCCAGCCACCCUGCGAGGCUCCCCUAACAGGCCUGGGGCCGGGCUGGCUCUCCUGCCCACGUGCCUUUUGCUCCCUUUGCUUACGUGUCUGCCUCCGCCCAGCCAGGACUGCGUCGGUGCACACCCACCCUGACAUCCUCCCUUUUUUAUGCCUCAGCUGGGGUCUAGAUAGACACCACAAUCCUCCUGUACCACUCAGACUUGUCUUAUUGGCUGCCCAUGAGCCCAAGAUCCCCUUGAAGGGCUCCCACGUUAAUUUUUCUUUUGCUCUUUCCGCAGUGUGGGAGCUCAGCAAUUGUUAAAUAUACAAAUGGGUGGGUUUUAAGGCAUUUUAAAGAUGGCAAAGGAGAAACGCAGGAAUGUUUUUCACAUGAUCUAGUCAUUGAGGUCCCCCCAGAGUGUCUUUUUACGUAUCCUACAGAGGACUGUUGAAUGUCCUUGGUCUGAUAUUAUGCAACGUUAAUGUUGAGUCCCUACUAUGUAUGUGCUAGCACUUGCUGGCUUUUGUUAGGCACCUGAACUCCCAAAGGCUCUCAGGCUCAAGGUCCAUGUAUCAUUGUGGCUGCUCUCCACUGCAAGUAAUGAAACCUGGCUGAAAGAGGCUUAAACAAUAACAUUUGUUAUCUCUAGUAACACGACGUCCAAGGUUGGCUCAUUUGGCGGCUCAUCAAGCGGUGUAGGGCCUUUCCAUCUCUGCUCUGCUCUCCUUUUGUGUUGGUUUUGUCUUUAAGCUCGUUCUCAUCAAAGCAGUCAUUCUGGACUUCCCUGGUGAUGCAGUGGUUAAGAAUCCACCUGCCAAUGCAGGGGACACGGGUUCGAGCUCUGGUCCGGGAAGAUCCCACAUGCUGCGGAGCAACUAAGCCCGUGCGCCACAACUACUGAGCCUGCGCUCUAAAGCCCGCGAGUCACAACUACUGAGCCUGUGCGCCUAGAGCCCAUGCUCCGUGCCAAGAGAAGCCACCGCAAUGAGAAGUCCGCGCACUGCAACGAAGAGUAGCCCCUGCUCGCCGCAACUAGAGAAAGCCUGCGCACAGCAAUGAAGACCCAACGCAGCCAAAAAUAAAAAUGAAUAAAUUUAUUAAAAAAAGAAAAAAAAAGGGGGAUGCUACUAGAAAGGAGGGAGUGUGCGUGGAGGAGUUGGACGUUGGGUGGGCAACCACUAGUGUCUGCCAAAGUCCGUGAGGCAAGUGUAUUGAGGCUCACAUGUGCUUAGGCCCUUUGUCCACAUCUCAUUUAGACCUUCAGAAAGCCUUCCAUCUUCCGGACAGUAAAUGGGAGUCCAGUGAGGUUAUGGACAUAAAGCUAAUAAGUGGGCCACACCAGAAUCCAAACUUGAAUCUGUGUGAUUCCAAACCCUACUUCCUUCCAUCCUCAUGCUGCCUUCGGCUGUGACUAUGUGAAUGUUUCAAUUAAAUUCUUCUUUGUAUUUUGCCCCGAUAGCAACCAAGGCUACCCAUCCCAACCUCUUUUUAUCUUUGUUCACCGUAAAAGCUGGAUCAGAGAUCUACUUUCUCAGCUGUUUCUGAUUUCCCUUAGGGAAGUUACGAGAGAAUGACAAACACUCAAAGAAGGGAGAUAUUAUUGGUAUUAAGGUGAACCGGAGGUUUGGGGGGAAAUAAAGCUGAAUGAAAAGCAA